AUGAAUCAAAGUGUGAAAUUGUGCGUCUCGCCGACAUCGAUACGCGAAGGAAGCAGGCUUUCCCUUCCCAUAAGCCGUGGCUGCAACUUGUUACGUGUUAGGCGCUGCCAGCCUGGUGCUCAUACAAACCGGUGCCUUCACUCUGUACACACAGCCUAUAUGAAGGGGAUGGUUUUCCACUUCAACUCUCACAGACUCCCUGAUAGUCCGUCGCGACAAAUCUUAACCGCAGACGGGUUGUACAACUCGACGCCCAUGAUCGGCUCAGAUUGCGGGCUCGUCAUAUAUCCUACUUUUACGAGCAGGACAUCGACGUUUCAAGUCGAGACUGAAGAUUACGACGACGGUCCCGACGCCCAAUGGUUCGGACAGUUCAACGUGCUGAGGCCUCAUCGACGGGAGCUCCUUAUAUCUGAUUUAUUAAUCAGGCUGCCGGAGAAGCACUACUCACUGACUGACCAAUUUUCACCAAGGGUUUCUCACCGCAAGCUCCAGAUCCAAUGCCCAGGACUAUGUAGACGUGCGGUGCUGCUUAGCGCGGAACCGAAGAAGCUGGUCUGUGCGAUUAGUAUGUCUGUUCUUCCAGUUUUGCCAGCGACAGAGGCGCAUGGAAGCAGCCGGAAGGGGCUGGGAGAGCCGCUGCUCUUAAUCUAG